GCGCUCCGUCCAAUUCGCGAUUACGUGCUGCGUGCUGCAGACGACUCGCGUCGGCCGCUCGACAGGACCGACGACGACGUUCCUACGUACACCCGGGCGAGAGCGGUGCUUCAAAACAGGCCGCGUCGGUGGCUCGCGUUCAGUAGCGGGGCGCGCUUCGCGCUGGAUGGACGGGUGAUAGUCGUGCGUCGUGCGGAUGUUCGCGGGGGAACAUGCGAUGUACUGUACGGCAGGACCAAACGCACGAUUGAUCGGGAUACGCACGGCAACGGUUCAACAUGUCCAUGAAGAAAGAGUCUCCUUGGGACGUGGAGCUGCAUCUGGCAGCGGCACGUGGGGACGCCAAGCGUCUUCGUAUUUUAUUGGAUUCCGGACGCGUCCACGUUGAUUGUAAGGACAAGGACGGCACGACACCUUUGAUAUUAGCCGCCGCCGGUGGCCACAUCGACGCCGUGACCGAACUGUUGCACCAGGGAGCGGAUUCCAAUGCUAAAAGGCUGACCGGGACGACGGCUUUGUUCUUCGCCGCCCAGGGUGGAUACAUGGACAUCGCGGGCCUGCUUUUGGAGCACGGCGCGAUCGUGGAUUCAUGCAGCAUAGACGGCGGCACGCCGCUCUUCGUCGCGUGCCAGUACGGUCAUCUGGAUGUCGUGGAGGGUUUAAUAGAGAGAGGUGCCAGUCCGAACGCUCAUAUGAAGGAUGGUGCUACGGCGUUGUUCAUCGCUGCCCAGAACGGCCACCUCCGUAUUCUGGAAGUCCUGCUGGAGCACGGGGCGAAGACAGACGCGGCGAGAACGGAUGGUGCCACACCGUUGUGGAUCGCGUCACAGAUGGGUCACGAUCAUAUUGUCAGGAGGUUGCUGAGAGCCGGUGCGAAGGUCGAUGCCACGAGACACGAUGGUGCAACCCCACUUUUCAAAGCCGCCCACAAAGGUCACACUGCCGUCAUCGGUGAACUACUCAAGUACCGUCCUUCACUCGGUGUGCUCCCGAACGGCGAAAGUGCAUUGCAUGCGGCUGCCUUGACGGGACACAUGACGGUCGCGAGGCAGCUCGUAGGAGCGGGGGCUGAUCCUUUGCUCGUAAAUCAAGAGGGCAUCACGCCGCUUCAACUGGCCGUCCGACACUCGCAGACGCAAGUCGCCAAUUACCUGAGGGAUAAAGUGAGAGUGCGAACCGCAUCCUGUUAGCGCGAUACUUCUUCUAUUUUGAUAUUACCAUAUCGAAAAUCUUGAGAUAUUGUUCGAUGAGCUUAGCUCAAAGAUCGUAAUAUUUCUGGAUGAAAAUGAGGAUGUAGUGUAUACAAAGUGUCUUGGAGAAAAAGUAGCCCGGCUUUGAAGUCGAUAAGAUUUUUAUUACUAAUAAAAGAAUGUUAUAAUGAAAAGUUAUCUUAUUAUUUUAUUAUAUAUAUAUUAUUAAGAAGUUAUAUUUAUAUAAAGAAUGCAAAGUAUAUUAUAUAUAUUAUAUGUUUUUAUUACUGAUAAAACCUUUAUCGACGCUGGAAAUUGGGCUAUUCUUUUUCAUGCAUUACGUUGUGCAUGAUGCAAGUGAUAUUAAUGAUCACACUAAGCACACGAAAGAUAUGACAAUGAAGACGAAUUUAAUUCUUCUACGUAGUAAUAUUAACGGAUACGCUAACGAGCAUAAGUCGAUUACGUUAAUAGAGACUGUGAGCAGGAAUCCGUCUUCAUGAAAGUGAUUAGGUCUGUUUGUUUAUAUCGUUCUUUUUCUCUCCAAAGUCAGUUUCAUUUUAAGUACAGAAGGUAAUAAAAAGCGCGAUUGAAACAGACAGACCCUUUGUUAUGUAGUAGUGUACAUAACCGUGAUACCAUUCCGUUUUCUGUUAUAAAUUUCGGUAAACAUAUUUUAAUACAGUUUUCUAUUCAGACGUACAAAAUGAUGCCAGAAUGUUGCGAACGUCGAAAAAUAAUGUACUUCUUUCUAUUGUAUUUCACAGUCUAGUACAUAGAUUUUAUAAACCUCACUUUUAUUAACAGUAAUCUUAUCCAGUUGCAUAGAAUGGAAAUUCAAUAUGUAUCAGCAGUCUAUUCAGAAAAUAAUUUUGUUGGCAAUAGUAUAAUUAUCGUAAUUGAAUUGAUUUACUGAAAUUGACGAGUUUACAAGACUGACUGAUUUGCUUUGAAAUACAUAUUUUCUUAUUGUGCAGGCAUAAAGCACAAAUCUUUUAUCUAUUCUAUUGUGUAACGGUUGUACAAGAUGAUAAAGUCACAUUUGUUCAGAACACAUUUUAUUAAGACAAAGAAAUUUCAAUACAGACUCGAUAAUUUUCUUUAAAAAAUUAUAAUAAACGCAUAAAGUAUCGCAAACAUUACUUUUUAAGUUGUCAAAAAACAAAUUUUUGUCGAAGUUAGAAUGUAUGCAGUAAUGCUUAAACAUUUUACAUAAUAUUUAAAUAUUUUGUAAUAAUUUUAGAGUUCUGUAGAAAAAUAGUAAGUACUUCUGUCUUCCUAACAAACAACACAGUUCAUUAGGUAUAGUUAUUAAUGAAAGGUGCAAAAACUAAUAAAAUGCUUUACGAAGGAAAGCAGACGAUUCCUAAUACUAUAUAAAAUUAUAAUGUUAUAAAUAUACUUCGUUAUGAAACAA